AGCGAGUCUCCCCGAGCCGCAACGUCGACUGGCCGCGUUUCGUAACACGUUGUACUUCACUUCAAAUCGGAUUUAGAUCCCAGCGGAAGAUUUUUUUUUGUUUUUGUCUUCCUCUGUAACCGUACCGGUGGAAAGAUCGUGUUGGGUUUGAUUAUCCCUCGUUCUCCGGAGGAAAGGACUCGUGCACACUCGGCCUGGAUAAGCACUCUGGAGAUCGCAGCUGCAGCCCAUUUUCUGAUGGGUACAUACUGCGGGGUGACCCACCAAGAGGGCAGCGAAUUAUCAAGAAGAGACAUAAACUGUGGAUAAAUGAAGACCUGUUAGGUUUUUUUUUUUUUCUUUAAUAAAUCUGUUGUUAUAGGUUUGUUAAACAAAUGUACACGUGGAAUAAACGUGAACAGUAACUGAUACAAGCUCAGCCCAGAGAGAAGAACCUCAACGUAAAGCAGUCAGCAUGAGCGCCGAAGGAUAUCAGUACAGAGCUCUUUAUGACUACAAGAAGGAGAGGGAGGAGGACAUUGAUCUGCAUUUGGGGGAUAUACUGUUGGUAAGCAAAGGAGCUCUGGUGGCUCUUGGGUACACUGAUGGUUUUGAGCAGAGACCGGAAGACAUUGGCUGGCUACCAGGCUUCAAUGAAACCACUCAGGAAAAAGGGGACUUCCCAGGCACGUACGUCGAGUACAUUGGGAAGAAAUGGAUUUCUCCUCCUACGCCAAAACCAAGACCUCUGAGACCUUUACCUGUAGCUCCAGGCGCUAAGGCAGAUGGAGAAUCGGACUCGGAACAAGGUUUCAGUUUGCCAGACCUGACAGAGCAGUUUUUGGUCCAGGAUACUGCCCCACCCAUGCUGACCAGACUGCUGGAAGCCAUUGAAAAGAAAGGUCUGGAUAACCCCACUUUAUAUCGAACAUUUACUGCCGGUGCUGGACUUGAAGUCAGACAGUAUUUCGAUUGUGAUGCACCAUCUGCGGACCUGGAUCAGGCCGAUCUCCCGGUCCUGUGUGAUGGUCUGCGUAGGUACCUGCAGGAUUUGCCCCAGCCCAUCAUCCCCACUGCAAUACAGCCUCAGAUGGUGCACACCGCCAAAGAGGUGGUGAACCCUGAGGAAUGUGCCCAGCUGCUACGUCGCGUCGCCAGCACCCCAAGCCUGCCUCCCCAGUACUGGCUGACUCUUCACUGUCUGCUCAGGCAUUUCGCCAGAGUUUGCCAGAACGGCUCCAAGAACCUGCUGAACGCCAGAUCACUGGGGGAGAUUUUUAGCCCCGUGUUUUUUAGACCGCAGCCCACCAGUUGUGAACCCAGUCUGGACGCUCACAUCAAGAUCAUUGAGGUCCUGGUGACCAGCGAGUGGCCUGAAAGUCGAGCUGCUCCAGCUCUACCUCCAAAGCCACCCAAGUCCACAUCUGUUAUUAACAACGGCAUGAACAACAACAUGGCUCUGCAGGACGCUGAAUGGUACUGGGGAGACAUUUCUCGUGAGGAGGUCAAUGAGAAACUGAGGGACACUGCGGACGGUACGUUUUUAGUCCGAGACGCUUCGACAAAGAUGCACGGGGACUAUACUCUGACUCUGAGGAAAGGAGGAAACAACAAGCUCAUUAAAAUAUUCCACCGGGAUGGGAAGUACGGGUUCUCAGACCCGCUGACCUUCAGCUCCGUUGUUGAGCUCAUCAACCACUAUCGCAACGAGUCGCUGGCUCAAUACAACCCCAAGCUAGACGUCAAGCUGCUGUAUCCCGUCUCUAAACACCAGCAGGAUCAGGUGGUGAAGGAGGACAACAUCGAGGCCGUGGGGAGGAAGCUUUGUGAAUACCACCAGCAGUACCAGGAGAAGAACAAAGAGUACGACCGUCUCUACGAAGAGUACACCAGAACAUCACAGGAAAUUCAAAUGAAACGCACAGCGAUAGAAGCUUUUAACGAAACCAUAAAGAUAUUUGAGGAGCAGUGUCAAACACAAGAGCGGUACAGCAAAGACUACAUCGAGAAAUUCAGAAGAGAAGGCAACGACAAGGAGCUUCAAAGAAUCAUGGGCAACUACGAGAAGUUGAAGUCGAGGAUUAGUGAAAUAGUUGACAGCAAGCGCAGACUGGAAGAAGAUCUGAAGAAGCAGGCAGCAGACUACAGAGAGAUCGACAAGAGGAUGAACAGCAUCAAACCGGACCUUAUCCAGCUCCGAAAGACCAGAGACCAGUACCUCAUGUGGCUGACCCAGAAAGGAGUCAGACAGAAGAAACUCAACGAGUGGCUGGGAAUCAAGAACGAGAACACGGAAGAUCAAUAUUCUAUGGUGGACGAUGACGAAGACCUCCCCCACCACGACGAGCGGACCUGGAAGCUGGGGAACAUCAACCGGCUGCAGGCAGAGGCUCUUCUUCAGGGCAAGAGAGACGGAACAUUCCUGGUUCGAGAGAGCAGCAAAGCAGGAUGCUACGCCUGCAGCGUCAUCGUGGACGGCGAGGUGAAGCACUGUGUCAUCAACAAGACCCCUACAGGCUACGGCUUUGCUGAACCAUACAACCUGUACGGCUCCUUAAAAGAACUCGUACUCCACUACCAGCACACGUCCUUGGUCCAGCACAACGACUCUCUGAAUGUGACGCUAGCAAACCCCGUUUACGCCCAGCAGAGACGGUGAAGACUUGGACGGCCUCUCAUGGAUGCAGAUAUUUGAGGACUCGGAGCCUGGAGAAGAAACAAAAAAAAAAAGCGCCCCUGAUGCCUGACUCGGACUUGAAAAGCCUGGAACAUUUCAGAGACUUUGACCACGAGCCUGAAUGUAGAUUUCUCUGUUUGUUGCUUUUUGUGGGAGCCGAGCAGAAACUGCUGCGCUCCCCCAGCGGAGGACUUCCGAGGCCUUUUCCUGAUGGUGCUUGCUCUUUUUUUGAAGCUUUACCAGCCGGAAUGUUGAAUCGCAGCAGAUUAGUACUCUUCAGAUGGAUCUGUACUCACCGGCCGCCACUUCUUUUGAUUUUCCACAUCGUGUGUGUGUGUGUGUGUGUGUGUGUGUGUGUGUGUGUGUGUGUGUGUGUGUGUGUGUGUGUGUGUGUGUGUGUGUGUGUGUGUGUGUGUGUGUGUGUGUGUGUGUGUGUGUGUGUGUGUGUGUGUGUGUGUGUGUGUGUGUGUGUGUGUGUGUGUGUGUGUGUGUGUGUGUGUGUGUGUGUGUGUGUGUGUGUGACAGAGUGAAAGACUGUCCAUGUGACCAAAAUUCAGCAUCAGGAACGUUGGAGACUGCGUAACGCGUUGCCGUGUUACCUGUUCAGGAGCAGACCAUGGAUCGGCUGAAAAAUGUAGCAAAACAGCACUUUUUAAAAAAAACUUGUUUUUUUUCGUUUGUUUUUUUCUUGGAGAGAGAAAAAAAACUUCCUCUAGACUUGUACGAGAAGAGCAUCUUGCCUUUUUACCUGAGCGUUACAGCGUAGACGCAAACUGUGGGCAAACGGACUGGUGAGUUUAUGUACAUAAAGAUGAAACUGUGCAGUCAUGAAUCAAUGUGCACCGUACCAAAAAGAAGAUCAGUUCCUGUUUAGUUAAUUCUGAUCUGCUAUGCAAUUCUUCCUCCAUUUUUUUUAUUCAGAACUGUUUCUCUGUUGCAACCCACAAUAUAAGCUUGUUUUAUUGCUUGAAAACUUAUUUUCUCUGUGUAAAUAUCCAAGAAGAUAUUUAGUUAUAAAAAUGCCAAGACACAGUGAGAAAAAGCUUAUGAUUUCUAAAAAAAAUGAUAAUAGAAGCAUACAUCUUAUGACAAAUGACUUUAAUAGCUGGUAUGAUGAUGGAAAUGUUUGUUGUUUUUUUUUUUUUUGUUUUUUUUUUUGCUCCAGACUGACGUCCCUCUCAGGGAGAGCCUUCGGAGUGUUUGUGCUGCUUCCCGGCAGCAAAGCGACGCGCAGUUCCGCGUCUGCGCGCUCAGAAUGGGCUGACGGGAUUGUACGACCCAUAUCACCACCCAAAAAUAACCGCAGGAUAGAUUUAUUUUGUUAUAAAAAAAAAAAAAGAUAAUGCUCCCAUAUGAGAAUAUAAAAUCACUUCACAGUUAGUAUUUUUCUGUAUCAGAAAAUCACUGUUUACAUCGGUGGAUCGGCUCAUUUCACAGAGUGACUUCAGGUUUCAAAAGCUACAUUUUGAAAUCUGAGGUUACGGAAACCGUCACAGCUGAGCUACUGUCUCCUUCCCCACAUUUAGAAUAAACCUUAAAUAAUAUCCGAAACGACUACAGCCCUCGAGUGUCGGAUGUGUUCAUGUUCUGGGUCUCUGAAAAUUGAAUUGAAUUCAAUUGAAUUAACGUGGAAAAAAAAAAAAGUAGAAUUAAACCAGCUGAAGCUGGAAGGCGUCCACGCGUGGGUGUCACAGCUGUCCAGUAAAAUCUGUAACCGAUGAGUCGUGAGAGCGUUGAUGACACGCGGUUGUUUGAUCUUCACCGGCACAUCAGACUGUCGUACUUGUUCUUCUCCUGGUAAUGCUGGUGAUAAACAAAGCUUCCUCCCCACCGCCUCCAUCCUUUGCACACCGUUGACACGUGGAGAAGACUGCGCAAGAAAAUCUUUCAGUAUUAGUUUCAUCAUUUAUAGUUUCCUGGUGCAGAAAUGCUCAAACUACGGUACACACAGCUGAUUUAAUAUGUUUAAUAUGUUUCUGAAGUACUUGAUCACAUAACUGAUCUGAAAUCUAAUUAUCUUCACGCUCAGAAACGAUGUUUAUUGAUCACAGACGUGUAACAUCUUUUCAACUUUGACACUUAAUUUUAUUUACCUCCAAACAUCUGGUGGCACAAGCCUCAUUUUUUCUUUUGUUUUCCCUCUCCCAGUUCUGGGUUGUACAAUUUUGGUUGUCCUUUUUAUUUUUCAUUUGAAGCUCUUUGUGUCCCGCCCACGAUUGAAUUGAGCGUUCCCAGUGUUCCCCAGUUUGGCUUCAGAUCUGUAUUGGGCUUUGUUAAAAAUGAAAUAAAACACUUCUUUUUAAGAAA